CUCGGACGUUGACUCCGGUGAGUUUUGUCCCGCGGCUGGAGCUCCGAGAGGAGCAGAUGCUGCUGAGUGAGGGCAGAGGAGGAGACAGGCUGUCCCGGACCGAGACACGACUGCCACACAGAGCGAGCGGCGGCCGACGAUCAUUCAAGCAGAGCGGCGGCGGCAGACAUGUCCGUCUCCACACAGCUGGGUCUGCUGCUGUGGAAGAACUUCACCUACAGACGACGGCAGACGCUCCAGCUCUUGGCAGAGAUCGUCUGGCCCCUCUUAAUCUUCUUCAUCCUCAUCGCCGUGCGGCUGAACUAUCCUCCCUACGAGCAGCAUGAGUGUCAUUUUCCCAACAAGGCGAUGCCGUCAGCCGGGACGCUGCCCUGGCUUCAGGGAAUCCUCUGCAACGCCAACAACCCCUGCUUCAGACACCCGACGCCGGGCGAGUCUCCUGGCAUCGUCGGCAACUUCAACGACUCCAUAAUUUCUCGCCUUUUUUCGGACGCCAAGAAGAUCCUUCUCUACAGUCAGAACGAUAAAAACCUGGAGGGCUUCAAGGAGCUGGCUCAAGCCCUGCAGGUGCUGCAGACCAGCCGCUCAGGCUUCAAGUUGAAGCAUUUUCUGCGAGACAAUGAAACCCUGUCGAGCUUCCUGCUGAGAAACGCCUCCUUCCCCGAACACGGCGUCCAGCAGAUCAGGGAGGCCGACAUCAACCUGGAGAAGGUCCUUCUCAGAGGCUUCGGGGUCCACCUGAGGGACAUGUGUCCCAGGAAGGGAGGGAAGCGGAGCGUGGAGGACUUUGUGACGAUCUCGGACCAACAGGUGUCGGCGAUGGUGCAAAAAUUCAUCUGCCAGGCCACGCCCACAUGGCUCGACCACGCCGAGGAGCACUUUCUGGACAACCUGGACUUCCUCAAGCCCAUCCGGCGGGACGUCAGGGCCGACCCCGAGGCCGUCCGACAGGUCGCCAGGGCAACCAACAACCUGCUGGAUAGUCUGGGUUCACUGGCCGUCGAGUUGGCGAGUAUGAAGAGCUGGAUCGAUCUGAGGAACGAGAUAGUCUUCCUGACGCAGAACGCCACGUCGUCGCCCAGCGCCAUGUACCAGGCCAUCUCCCGGAUUGUGUGCGGUCACCCCGAAGGCGGCGGCCUGCAGAUCAAAUCCCUCAACUGGUACGAAGACAGCAACUACAAGGCUCUGUUCGGAAACUACAACAGCAGCGAGGACGAGCCGGUGUCGCUCUACGACAAUUCCUCCACUCCAUACUGUAACAGCCUUGUGAAGAGCAUGGACUCGAACCCCAUGUCCAGGAUGAUCUGGCAGGCCCUGAAGCCCCUCCUGUUGGGGAAGAUCCUGUACACCCCCCACACCCCAGCCACACAGAGGAUCAUCCAUGAAGUGAACCGGACCUUCCAGGAGCUCGGUGUGUUCAGGGAGCUGGGCGGUAUGUGGGAGGAGAUGAGACCCAAAGUCUGGGACUUCAUGGAGAACAGCGAGCAGAUGGACCUGAUUAGGACUCUGCUGAAGAACAACGUCACCGCCAGAUUAUUCAGCGCUCAGCUGGAAAACACGGACUGGACCGUAGCCGACGUCUCCAGCUUCCUGUCCAAGCAGGCGGAGGACCAGCGGCCACCCGGCAGCGCCCUCACCUGGAGGGAUGUGUUCAACGAGACCGAUCAGGCCAUCAUGAGCAUCUCCCGCUUCAUGGAGUGUGUGAAUCUGGACAAACUGGAGCCAGUCUCCAACGAGGAAAGAAUGGUGAACCUGUCCAUGAAGCUACUGGAAGACAGGAAGUUCUGGGCAGGGAUCGUGUUUCUGGAUAUCCCCUCCAACGCCACCGAGCUGCCUCCCAAUCUCAACUACAAGAUCCGCAUGGACAUCGACAACGUGGAGCGGACCAAUAAGAUCAAAGACGCAUACUGGGACCCGGGUCCUCGCGCUGACCCAUUUGAGGACAUGCGUUACAUCUGGGGUGGGUUCUCGUACCUUCAGGACGUUAUUGAGCAAGGCAUCAUCAGAGCGGUGACGGGCACCAAGGAGAAGAUGGGUGUCUACAUCCAGCAGAUGCCGUACCCGUGUUACGUAGAUGACAUCUUCCUGCGGGUGAUGAGCCGCUCCAUGCCUCUCUUCAUGACCCUCGCCUGGAUGUACUCAGUGGCCAUCAUCCUGAAGAGCGUGGUGUAUGAGAAGGAGGCCCGGCUGAAGGAGACGAUGAGGAUCAUGGGUCUGGAUAACGGCAUCCUGUGGUUCAGCUGGUUCAUCAGCAGCUUGAUUCCUCUGCUGAUCAGCGCCGGGCUGCUGGUGCUUCUGCUCAAGAUGGGCAACCUGCUGCCCUACAGUGACCCUGGUGUCAUCUUCCUCUUCCUGGGAUCCUUCGGCGUGGUGACCAUCAUGCAGUGUUUCCUGCUCAGCACGGCAUUUGCCCGAGCUAACCUCGCCGCCGCCUGUGGAGGAAUCAUCUACUUCACCCUCUACCUGCCUUACGUGCUCUGCGUCGCCUGGGAGGACUACAUCGGCUUCAGAACGAAAGUCUUCGCGAGCCUCCUGUCACCCGUGGCGUUCGGAUUCGGCUGCGAGUACUUCGCCCUGUUCGAGGAGCAGGGUGUCGGUAUUCAGUGGAAGAAUCUGGUGUCGAGCCCGAUGGAGGAAGAUGACUUCAGCCUCCGCACCGCCAUCAUCAUCAUGUACUUUGACUCCUUCCUGUAUGGAGUCCUGACCUGGUAUCUUGAAGCCGUGUUUCCAGGUCAGUAUGGGAUCCCUCGGCCCUGGUACUUCCCCGUCACCAAGUCCUAUUGGUUUGGAGAAAAGGAUGGAAAGUCCAACAAAGUUCCUCUGAACCGGAAAGGAAACCCAGGAGGUGAGACUGCUGUGCUGUGGAGAACUUCCUCCAAAAAUCUAACAAAUGAGUUCUGUUUAUUCAGUGUACUCUACAAAGCUUUUAAUGUGAAAGCGACUUCCUGUGUCUGUAUGUCUGUAGCGGUGUGCAUGGAGGAGGAGCCAGCUCACCUGGAGCCCGGGGUCUACAUCGAGAACCUGGUGAAGGUUUACCGUCACGGUAAGAAGCUGGCGGUGGACGGACUGACGCUCGGCUUCUACGAGGGACAAAUCACAUCCUUCCUGGGACACAACGGAGCGGGAAAAACCACCACCAUGUCCAUCCUGACCGGCCUGUUCCCGCCCACGUCUGGCACUGCCUACAUCCUGGGCAGGGACAUCCGGACAGAGCUGAGCGCCAUUAGACAGAGUCUGGGAGUCUGUCCACAGCACAACGUCCUGUUCAGCAUGCUCACGGUGGAGGAGCACAUCUGGUUCUACGCUCGGCUCAAAGGCCUGCCAGAGGAACGGGUGAAAGGUGAGAUUGAGCAGAUCCUGCAGGACACGGGACUGCCGCACAAACGCAACUGCAGGACCAGCACUCUGUCUGGGGGCAUGCAGAGGAAGCUGUCCGUCGCCCUGGCCUUCGUCGGGGGGUCAAAGGUUGUGAUCCUGGACGAGCCUACAGCCGGUGUUGACCCCUACGCCCGCAGAGGAAUCUGGGACCUGCUGCUGAAGUACCGCCAAGGUCGGACCAUCAUCCUGUCCACCCACCACAUGGACGAGGCGGACAUCCUGGGCGACCGCAUCGCCAUCAUCAGCCAUGGGAAGCUGUGCUGCGUGGGCUCGUCUCUGUACCUGAAGAACCAGCUGGGGACGGGUUACUACCUGACGCUGGUGAAGAAGAACCCGGAGCCAUCACUCAGCUCCUGCAGGAACUCCUCCAGCACCGUCUCCUUCACCAAGAAGGAGGAGGAGUGCGGCUCGGUCAGCAGCAGCGAUGCUGGACUCGGCAGUGAACAUGAAAGUGAGGCUGCUACCAUCGAAAACGGCCCCGGCGCGUCCAUCUGCAACAUCCCCUUCAUACCCCCGGACGUGUCGCUGGUGUCGGCCUUGAUCCUGCGUCACGUCCCCGACGCCCGCCUGGUGGAGGACCUGGGACACGAGCUGACCUACAUCCUGCCAUACAGCGCCGCCAAAGACGGAGCCUUUGUGGAGCUCUUCAAAGACCUAGACGUGAAGCUGCCCGACCUCGGCAUUUCCAGCUAUGGAGUGUCUGACACCACGCUGGAGGAGAUUUUCCUGAAAGUGGCUGAAGACAACGGGGUCGACACUGAAGUGCCCUCAGAUGGGACGCUUCCUGUUCAGAGGCGGAGGAGGACUCACGCCUUCGGUGGAGGAGACCCUCAGAGCUGCUUGAGACCUUUGACCGAGGAUGACAACGAUGAAUGCAAUGAUUCUGAAGACCAAGAGUGCAGGGACACCGACUGGCUGGACUGUGCUGAUGGUAAAGGCUCGUAUCAGGUGUCAGGCUGGAGCCUGAGGAGGCAGCAGUUUGUGGCUCUGAUGUGGAAGCGGUUCCUGUAUGCCCGGCGCUCCAGGAAGGGCUUCUUUGCCCAGAUCGUCCUCCCCGCCGUGUUCGUCUGCAUCGCUCUGGUCUUCAGUCUCAUCGUGCCCCCGUUUGGAGUGUAUCCCAGUUUGGAGCUGCAGCCGUGGAUGUAUGAAGAACAAGCGACCUUCAUCAGUGAUGAUGCUCCUGGAGAUGCCAACAUGCAGAAGCUUUUAGACGCGCUGCUGAAUGCUCCGGGAUUCGGGACUCGCUGCAUGGACGGUUACACAAUCCCAGAGGCUCCCUGCACGCUAGGCGAUGAGGAUUGGCACACUCCCGAAGUUCCUGAAAGCGUCCUGCAGCUCUUUACCUCCAGAAACUGGACCAUGGACGACCCCUCUCCGGCCUGCAUGUGCAGCUGCGAUGGCAAGAAGAAGAUGCUGCCGGACUGCCCGGCCGGAGCCGGAGGUCUGCCCCCACCUGAGAUGAAGGUGAGCGCCACCGACACCCUGCAGAACCUGACUGGGAGAAACAUCUCUGACUACCUGGUGAAGACCUACGCUCAGAUCAUUGGCAAGAGCCUGAAGAACAAAGUCUGGGUGAAUGAGUUCAGGUACGGAGGUUUCUCAUUGGGUGCCAGGAACACUCAGGUCCUCCCUCCAGCUCAAGAGAUCGACGACGCCAUCGAGAGAGUCCGAAAGAUCUUUGAGUUACACCAGGGCGCCGCUGCAGACCGAUUCCUGGACACGCUGUCUGGUUUCAUCAACGGUCUCGACACGAAGAACAACGUCAAGAUCUGGUUCAACAACAAAGGCUGGCACAGCAUCGGCGCCUUCAUCAACGUGAUGAACAACGGCAUCCUCAGAGCGAACCUGCCUCCGGGGAAGGACGCCAGCAAGUACGGCAUCAGCGCCUUCAACCACCCGCUGAACCUGACCAAGGAGCAGCUGUCCCAGGUCGCUCUGGUGACGACCUCUGUGGACGUCCUGGUGUCCAUCUGCGUCAUUUUCGCCAUGUCCUUCGUCCCUGCGAGCUUUGUGGUCUUCCUCAUCCAGGAGAGAGUCAGUAAAGCCAAACACAUGCAUUUCAUCAGCGGCGUCCAUCCGCUGCUCUACUGGACAGCCAACUUCAUAUGGGACAUGUGUAACUACAUCGUCCCGGCAACGCUCGUCAUCCUCAUCUUCAUCUGUUUCCAACAAAAAGCCUACGUGUCGUCCACCAACCUGCCGGCCCUCGCCCUGCUGCUGCUGCUCUACGGCUGGUCGAUCACGCCGCUCAUGUACCCAGCUUCCUUCUUCUUCAAGAUCCCCAGCACGGCGUACGUCGUCCUCACCAGCGUCAACAUCCUCAUCGGCAUCAACGGCAGCAUCUCCACCUUCGUCAUGGAGCUGUUCGGAAACAACGAAAUUGGAGGAAUCAACGACAUCCUGAAGAACGUCCUCCUCAUCUUCCCUCACUUCUGUCUCGGUCGAGGCCUCAUCGACAUGGUGAAGAACCAGGCGAUGGCCGACGCCCUCGAGAGAUUCGGUGAGAACAGGUUCCGCUCUCCUCUGGAGUGGGACAUGGUGGGAAAAAACCUGCUCGCCAUGGCCGUGGAGGGCGUGGCCUUCUUUUUCAUCACCGUCCUCAUCCAGUACAGGUUCUGCAUCAAACCCACGCCGGUCAGUAAGCUCACCAAACUGGGACCUCUGGGCGACGAGGACGAGGACGUGGCCAGAGAGAGACAGAGGAUCGUCCACGGCCUGGGACAAGGAGACAUCCUGGAGCUCCGGCAGCUGACCAAGGUGUUUAAGAGGAAGCAGAAGCCAGCGGUGGAUCGACUUUGCGUCGGGAUUCCUCCCGGAGAGUGUUUCGGCCUCCUCGGUGUGAACGGGGCCGGAAAGACGACCACCUUCAAGAUGCUGACGGGAGACACGAUGGUGACCAGUGGAGAGGCUUUCCUGGCUGGGAAGAGCAUCCUGCGGGAGAUCGAGGAGGUGCAUCGAAAAAUGGGCUACUGUCCUCAGUUUGACGCCAUCAACGAGCUGCUGACGGGAAGAGAACAUCUGGAGCUGUACGCCAUCCUCAGAGGGGUCCCUGAGAAGGAAGUGUGCGACGUGGCAGAGUGGGGGAUCAGGAAGUUGAGUCUGCUGAAAUACGCCGAUAAAGCAGCUGGAAGCUACAGCGGCGGAAACAUGAGGAAGCUGUCCACAGCCAUGGCGCUGAUCGGAGCGCCCCCUGUGGUGUUUCUGGACGAGCCCACCACCGGCAUGGACCCCAAGGCCCGCCGAGCCCUCUGGAAUUGCAUCCUCAGCGUCAUCAAGGAGGGACGCUCCGUGGUGCUCACCUCACACAGCAUGGAGGAGUGUGAGGCUCUCUGCACGAGGAUGGCGAUCAUGGUGAACGGCAGGUUCAGGUGUCUCGGCAGCGUCCAGCACCUGAAGAACAGGUUUGGCGACGGGUACACGAUCAUCCUGCGGGUGGCGGGGCCCAACCCCGACCUGCUGCCCGUCAUGAAGUUCAUCGAAAGCGAGCUGAGCGGCAGCACGCUGAAGGAGAAGCACAGGAACAUGCUGCAGUACCAGCUGCCGUCAUCGCUCACCUCGCUCGCUCACAUCUUCUCCAUCCUGGCCAAGAAUAAAGAGACGCUGAGGAUCGAGGACUACUCCGUCACUCAGACCACGCUGGACCAGGUGUUUGUAAACUUCGCGAAGGACCAGAGCGACGACUAUCACUCCAAGGACAACUCCGUGAGGCGGAAGGACGUCGUCGUCGACGUCCCGGCACUGAGCUCGACCAGCGGAGCCGCACGCGAGGGCGGCGGGUUGAUGGAGAGCAUCAUGUGACCGCACUGGGAGGCUGACGCUUCAGCCUGGACUUGACCUGCAGCAGAGAGGGCACCUACCUUUUCGCCAGCUGUGAUGUCAUACUGAUUUAAAAAUGGCGGUGGACGGAGUUCCCCGCUGCCUCAUGCCAGUCAAUGCAAUACGAUUUCCUGUGGAGGCGGCGAGCGUUUUGCCGACCUCGCCGAUUUAAACACUUGAAUGAGUGCCUUCAGACCUCCUGCAGCUCCGAGACUCUUCUUCUCUUCCUGAUUGAAGGCGAAGAACGCAGGCGACUGUUUUUGUGACCAACGAUGAAGAAUCCGAAUCAUUUCAAACGGCCGAGGGCUCGACUGCAAAAAUCACACAAAACAUUUGAUUCCGUUUUUACUCUCAGACUUUUAUUUAUAUGCGUAGAAAAAGAGACGUGUAAUUUGUUUUAUUUUGGUAGAGUUAUUAACUGUUUCCUGUAGUGUUUAACAGCCAAUCAAAGUGCCUGAUGCAAGUUGAUUUGUGUUUUUUAAAGAAAAGCAGAUUUUUGUGUGUUUGGGUGCGAAACAGUGAAAUACCUCAUCAGCUUCUGAAGCACACUACAGUAUUGACGAGCAGUCUGCCGAUAGAUCGGCACUCUGAUUGAUCAGUGAGCUGCUAACGGCGACUCGCUGUGACCGCGGCGCUCGAAGUGUUCGAACCAUCAGUUUGUCUUUGCACUGAAAUCAAACCUGCUUUCCUCUGAUCGUGUUUAUUGAUCAUGCGGCUGAUGGAAGAAGAGCUGUUACAACCCCAGCAAUCAGAAUUAAAGUGAAACUAAUG